AAGUAAAUUCCAAAAAUUCCACCGUCUUCUAAUCACACCGUCUUUAUUCAGAAGCUGCGUUUCGAAAAAAAUCGCUUUUAUUCUUCAUUCUUCUUCUUCUUCUUAAAACAAGUGAAGGAAGCGGCGAAAAAAGGUUAAAGUUAACGUCACUGCGUAACAAUGGCAGAGAAACCCCAACCGGUUCGGGUACAAUACUGCCAAGUUUGCAGUUUACCACCCGAGUAUUGUGAAUUCGGAUCCGAUUUCGAUAAAUGUAAACCCUGGUUGAUCCAAAAUGUGCCUGACCUAUAUCCUCAUCUUAUUAACGAGGCUAAUGAGAAGGAAGCUGAUAAAGUUGCUGAUAAGUUACAAGGCACUGCUAUAUCUUCUGGUUCUAGUGAUGCUGCUGCUUCCUCAGCAACGAAGCAAGAAGAGGUCAAGCGUCUUCCUGGUGGGAAGAUAAAGAAAAAGGAUAAGCAAGAAGUUAUUAUUGAGAAGGUUGUACGUAACAAACGAAAAAGUAUCACCACCGUGAAAGGCUUGGAACUUUUUGGUGUCAAGCUCAGUGACGCUUCAAAGAAACUCGGGAAAAAGUUUGCCACAGGAGCCUCUGUUGUCAAGGGCCCAACUGAGAAAGAGCAAAUUGAUGUUCAAGGGGAUAUAUCUUAUGACAUCGUAGAGUUCAUUACAGAUACAUGGCCUGACGUACCAGAAAAAGCAAUUUUCUUUAUAGAAGAUGGGAAAAAGGUUCCAGCUGCUUAAUUUUGACUAUUUAUGAGAAGACUUUGGACUGGUGAGUAAAAUCAGCUAUAUUGCUGUAUUUUGAAGGGAAUGGUUGAUAAACUUGGUAGUUAAUAUAUGUUUAAACACUACUUUUAGCCAUUGAAGUCCCCCUCUCCUCUCUCCCACCAAAACAAAUAGUAGGGCAUGAUCCAACAUGUAUUUUCAGUUAAACUUAUGUUCAAUUAAUUGUGUGCGUAUAGAGGCAAAAGGAUGAAAAAGGUUUAUUUGCUUCAAUUUUGUACUAGCAUUUAUCUUUCAAGUCAGCAAAGGAUGCUUAGGAGUUAUGCGUGAAAAAAAAGUUCUACUUGCAUAA